AUGGCGCCGUGCAGCCACGUGCGCCUGGUGCGCGUCGGGCAGGCGUCGACGCGGCCGUCGGUGCUCUUUGUCAACGGCUUUAACUCGUCGCACACGGCGUCGCGCAAGGUGUCGCGGCUCUCGGCCUUUGUCGCACAGGAGCUGCACACGACUUUUCUCACCUACGACCACGCCGGCCACGGUCCCGCGCCAGCAACACCGAUGCGCAACGCCACACUGACGCAGUGGCGAGACGACCUGCACUCAGUCGUCGCGUGCGAGCGCUGCAGUGGCGAGAGACCUGUCGUCCUUAUCGGCUCGUCCAUGGGCUUCUUCUUGUCUCUUCUUGUCGCUUCGGCUCUGCCAACUCGCAUCGCCGGCAUUCUCGGCGUCGGUGCCAGCCUCGGCUUGGAGCGGUUCUUUCUCGAGUUUACAGCCGCCAAAGCCAAUGGGUCGACAGAAUCCGACGAAAAUGGCGUCGAGUACUAUCGCCGGCCAUCGACGUAUGCAGCCGCCGGGUACUACCCGAUCUACCGACCACUCGUCGACUCGAUAGCCGCGCACCCGCUGCCACGCAAGGCGGCGUGCCCCGUCGCACUCGUCCAUGGCACGCACGACUCGGACGUUGGCGUCGAGUUGAUUGGCAACUGGGCAUCGACGCAAGGCACGCAAGGCGCACCCGUCUCGCUGACGUGGGUGCCCGGUGGCGAUCACCGGCUGAGUGCGCCCGCGCACCUGGACGUCAUCGAGCACCAGCUGCUCGCACUCUUUCACCGCAUCGGUUGA